UCACAUGCACUGUAAAAACUACUUCCGUGCUUUAUUUCACAUUUCGAAACUAUUUGAAAUGAAUUAUUUGCCUUUUAUUCAACGUGACGACUACAAUUAAUUCGAGCUUAUUGAAUAACGAUGUUUCAUUCUUUAAAAAUGAAAUAUAUUUUUUCCUUUGUACAUCGUGACAGUAAAUUAUACUCGUGGUGAUGUAUAUCUUCACUCGCCAAGAGGAUCAAAUAAUCGUUUGAACGAAAAGUCAGCGAAUCGUAGGAACGCGAAUAGAGUGUUUGACUCACAGAACAACAACAGAGGUGGAUAUAAUGUUGGCGAUAAAACAGACAAAGCUGCAACUGAUGAAAGUGGACAGUACAAUAUGGAAUAUUUUCAAAGUGGACCAAGUCAUAAAGGGAAGGAUAACAAAGGCAAAUCAUUUCUUACAAUUGAAUGGACAAAUCAACAUGGUUGUGGUGGAAGUGAAGACAAAGAUACGCAUAAGCUUAACUGUAACCUUGUUUUACAAUACAUGUGCGAGGAAGAUGUCAAAAAAUCUAAACCUGACAUUAACAUAAAAAAUGGUUAUGAAACACAAACACAGAAAUAUACAAAGACGGAACAUAGCACAAAGACAGCGAAACAGAACAGAAAGAUUGAUGAUGUUAGUGAAAAACGAGUAAUUCAUGAAUCAUGGGAAUGGUACGAUAAAUGUAGCAAAAGACAAAGAAAUAAAGGGCUGUUUACCGCUGACCAAAGGUUACGUGGCCAGUCCAGUAAGUAUACAAGACAAAAUCCAGGUGGUACGAGGUAUGGAUAUGAAUGUCCUGAAGAAAGAGAUUAUUAUCCAUAUUGGCAUCCUACAGACUGGAUAGACAUUGCUGUCCUGGCUCAUGAUGAAAAAAUGUGUGAUUAUUACCAAUCUGAAAGCUUUAAUGUUAAACCUAAAGGUGAAUGUCUCCAGAAAUAUGGCGACGGUGGAUACAAACACUUCUCCGUGUACAAUCAAAAAUCGACUUGCAUUGAGAACAAUGGAGAAUGGGUCGAGUUCAGUAAUUAUUUAGAAGAGUCCAAUCAUUUGACAAAAGCGGCAUGUAUUGCAGCCAAUAGAACAGAUGCUCCACUCUUUUGGGGAAUACCCUACCGUUCCCAUGAUAUCGACAAGGUUGGUAAGGUUUUAAAGGAAAAAUGUUUGGUUGCUUUGGAUAGACCUCAUUGUGAACUUUCCCCUUGGUCACGCGAUAAUCACCUUGGUAACGGCCGUGAUGGUGUUCCUUUGAACUAUACGUGGGUACUACCUCACUUUCCAAGCAAGAAAAACCAACGUUGUGUUUUUAGAUUGAGAUAUAACAUCACAACUGAUGAUUAUGAUCCGUUCUAUACCAACAGCAGUCACAAUCAAAAUUUAGCAAAGAUGGUGUUUUCUCCUGUCCGUCAGAAUGAACUGGUCGAUGUUGGUGCCGACCAAACCCCCCUGAGACUUGCAAUUAAUACAGCACAAUACGGGCGGGUCUUUCAAGAUCGUACGCACGUCUUCAAACUCAAAACAAGACCAAGUGAAAUAGAAGACACGGCGACAAUUUACAAUUUAAAUGUUCGCGGAAAGCGAGGAAACAUUGUCCAAACUUAUCCUGCUGUUGAGUAUGAUUUUCUUCCUAACAGAUUGAACAUAACCGAAGGUGAACUUGUUCACAUACAAUGGACUGGUUCAAAUACACAUAACAAUGGCAGGCCUGCUGGUGACGGGCAAGCUGGUGAUGCAGGCGAAGGAAGAGCAGGCACUGACCGCAAUAAUAUCGUGGAAAUACUGGAUCCCAAUGACAAUUAUCCGGUACCUUUUGAGAACGCUACCAUGUUCAGUGGUGCAAUAUUACGUUGGUCGAGCUCUGCACAGACUAAAAAUAUGCAAGAUGUUGCCGUGAGCUUGGCUAGUGCUGGCUACUAUCCUUGUCUCAAAAGUUGUAAUAAUUCUCCAAAGAGUAAGACUCCUGUGUUGAAUAAUUUAUUGAAUAAUGCUGCAGCAUCAUACCUAGGCGUGAUGUUGGAAUUUUCACAAGGAGUGUAUCAUUAUAUAUGUUCAAGGAAUAACAAUUUCUCAAACCGAAGUCAAAAAGGGACGAUUAAAGUCGUGAAAAAGCCUUCAAAAUCAACAUGAUUUGGUCAACACGAUUAUGGAACCAUUCUUUUUACUUGGUCUCCAUCUUGAAAAAGUUCUUAGAAAUGAAAUAUAAAAAAUGUCAGUUCUUUUCGGCGAAAAAGCCAUGAAGCGAAAAAUGAAUUUUAUCAAUAAAAUAUAACUGAUGAAUUUAGCUCCAUUCUAACUUUUGCAAUCAUAUUUUAUUUUGUUGGCACAAUUGUAAUUUAUCUGUAGCUAUACACUCAUAUGCAAAUGUAGUUAUGUAAUUGAUUACCAAAACCUAAUAAUUGAUUAUCAAACCCCUCCAAAA